UUGAAUGUAAAUACAUGAGAGGACAGUAUAUGUUGUAUCUGGCAUAACUUUUGUUUACGAGAAGGUUAUUUAGUCACAGACCUGAUCCAGGCCUCUGGAGUGUUUUCCAAUCAUGGAUGAGUCAGCGUUGGAAAGAUACAUUGACGAGUUCAUUGCCAAAGAACUGCCACAGCUGGAGGAGUCCCUCUGUUUACUGCCUGAUGAGCUCCUGACACUGUGCCAGGAUGACACAGGUGAACCCAGACAAACAGCAGAGAGAGAGAGAGGAACUGUUAGCACCAGUGUGGACUACAGCUCCCAGAAUCCCACAGCAGCAGCUGAGCUCCCAGGUGGGUCAUCCACGCUGGAGCAGGGGGCCUCCGCCGUUUGUCCCAUGAUCCCCGUGAUGCCUGUGAACCAUGUGACGGAGCUACCUAAAAUAAUCCCAAAGAUAACGAAUGUGGUCGCAACAGCGAGGCUGGGCUGCAGUUUGGACCUGAACUUCAUUGCUCACAACACCUGGAACGUGGAGUACAAUCCACAGUGGCCCAGCAGGCUCAUCAUGAGGAUCCGUAAACCACGAACCACAGCGAUGAUCUAUAGAUCUGGGGAAAUUAUCUGUAUAGGAGCAACAAG